CAUUCCGAGUGAUGACUCUGCGGAGGAAAUUUGCGGUUCUCUCACCUGUUCAUUCUGGACGGACGGACGGAGGGCAAUAGCUCAUCGCCUCAUCCCCCAUUUAGGGCAAGUCGAAUCAUUCAGGACUAUGUUGUUCUAGUCCAGCAACGAAGAGCUUAAGGAAUGCAGCCCGUUCUCAAUUACAAGGAUCAGCGUAUGGAGUUACAAUUUGGAGCCUAAAUUAUUUGGACAGCUUUGCUUCUCGAAAGCCGUUGGUUUCCAUUAACGGGCUUAAACAGAUUUUGGCUUUCUCCCACAUGGAUAAAAACGUGGCUUCUAGUUUAUUUGUCAAUGAUGGUUCUUUUAUGGAAAGGUUUAAACAGCUUCAACAAGAAAAGGAAAAGGAAGCUGCAUUGGAGCAAUCUAAAUCAGGCACAAGUGCAUGUGCAUCUGGGAAUUUGAAGGCCAAUCCUCCCAUUAGUAAAAUGGUCUUGGAUUCUAAAGCAAAUGACGCACGAAGAGCCACCCCUUCUGGUUCAGGUGGGAAACUUGCAUUUAGCUUGAAACAGAAGUCAAAGCUUGCGGCAGCCCCUGUUAGAUUAUGUGCAGAUGAAGAUGAAGAAGGAGAUGCAGGAUAUGGUUCUGCUGAUGGAUCAGUGAAACGACAGAAGUUGGCUCAACCAGAUGCCUCUGAGUGGCCUGCAGAACAAGAGGGUGUUGCACCACCUUCCCCGAGUGAUCCUGCUGUGGAGAAAGUUGCUGACAAAUUAGCAAGUUUUGUGGCAAAAAAUGGAAGGCAAUUUGAGCACAUUACACGCCAAAGAAAUCCUGGAGAUACACCUUUUAAAUUUCUAUUUGAUGUUAGCUGUGCGGAUUACAAAUAUUACGAGUAUCGGCUUAUGGAGGAAGAAAAAGCUCUUGCACAGACAAGGGAUUCUCAAUCAUCAUGUAGUGCCAGUACAAUCUCUUCAGCUUCUAGAGCUUCAAGUUCUCAAAGAUCCCAUCAGCAGCACUCUAAUUACCAAAUUCCAGCAUCAGCUUUAUAUGAAGCCAAUGCUAACAGACCAAUUCAGUCAGCGUCAGCAGGAAGAACUAUUUAUGGUGAAUCCAGUGCCUCGACAGCUACAGAUCCUAUAGCAAUGAUGGAAUUCUACAUGAAGAAGGCUGCACAUGAAGAGCGAAGGAGACAGCCUAAACAGUCAAUGGAUGAGAUGCCUCCGCCUGCUUCUCUUCAAGCUCCAGUUAAAAAAGGCCAUCAUAUGGGUGAUUUUAUACCACGUGAAGAGCUGGAAAAGUUCUUGUCUAGUUGCAAUGAUGCUGCUGCACAGAAAGCUACCAAAGAAGCUGCAGAAAAGGCUAAAAUUCAAGCUGACAAUGUUGGACAUAAGCUUCUAUCUAAAAUGGGUUGGAAAGAAGGUGAGGGUCUGGGGAGUUCCAAAAGUGGUAUUGCAGAUCCAAUUAUUGCAGGUAAUGUGAAAUCGAAUAAUUUGGGAGUUGGAGCGGCACAACCUGGCGAGGUAACCGCUGAUGAUGAUAUUUAUGAACAGUAUAAGAAGAGAAUGAUGCUUGGUUACCGCUAUAGGCCUAAUCCCCUGAAUAAUCCCCGGAAAGCAUAUUACUAGUUAAGCUUCUCUGGUAAUGAAUGCUCUUAUGCUGACAAGACGGUGUCCAUGAGACUGGUAUGUUGUAAAGAUCGUUUCUGAGAAAUUCAAAAUGACAAAAAGAUUGGAUUGGUAGCUUGUAAGGAGAUCGUGUUUUAUUUUGUAGACUUGAAUUUUAAUUCGAAGUUGAAACUUUUAAUCCCCUGUUGAAAGUAAAUUUGGUGGUUAUUGCAUUAUAUGCCAUGGUUAUUCUGAAGGAA